AUAUGUCAUGUUUUUCGCGUUUAUAUAUUUACGCAAUAGUUGCAUGCUUAUGAUGGAGCAAACAGUUUCUUAGUGGUUGAGACCACUUUUUUUUUAGUUUUUCUAUAUUUUUAUAAAAGUUUUAACCAGAUUUAUCUGCAAAGAAUCGUAUCAGAAAAUAAAAUUCUAUAAUUAAAAUAAUGCGUGUUUUCAUGAUGCAAAAUUUUCAUCGAUUAACUUUAUUUAUAUGGCUUGUAUCUAUUCUAACCUUAUCUAUCAGUGAUGAAAUUAAAACAGAUGGUAAUACAUCUUUAACGUUAAAUAUAAACAAUGUUGGUAGUGAUUCCAAAACUGAACAUCGAAUUUCAUCUUCAUCAAUUGAAUUUAAUUCUAAAAUACAGAAUCAAAGUAUUGCCACUCCUUUAGUUGCUGGAGAAGGUGGUCCAAUAUCACUUAUACCUCCUACUCAGCAAACAUCUACUAUUUCCCAUUUAAAAGAUGUUACUGAUAAUUUAGAUUUACAAGAUAAUUUAUCACAGAAAGAAGAUGAUAUUUUAUAUAAGAAAAAAAAGAAUACUUCUAAAAUCGUGUCGAGGAAAGGAGCAGAUAAUGGAAAUAUUUCUAUUAAAAUGACACCAUCCAAUGACACAAAACCUGUAAUUGAAUUUUCAACAAUAACAAGUAAUAUUUCUAAUAAUGCAAAAAUUGAUAUAAAUAUGAAUAAUUCAAAAUCAAAUAUUAAUGACAAAAAUAUAAAUAAUGCUUCAAAUAUAAUUGUAAAUAAUACUUUAUAUUUAACAAAUGUAACACAAAAAUUAUUAAGUGCUCCUGUAACAGCAUCAUCAAUCCAAGAACAUAAACCUAAACCAACUGUAACAGUAAUAGAAUCUAAUAAUGAUAAACAAGCAUUUAUACCUCAUAUUAAAGGUUCACGCUUAGGAAUGCCAAAGAAAAUUGAUUAUGUCUUACCAGUUAUUGUUACUCUUAUAGCUCUGCCAGUUUUGGGUGCUAUUAUUUUCAUGGUUUAUAAACAAGGUAGAGAUUGUUGGGAUAAAAGACACUAUCGACGAAUGGAUUUUCUUAUUGAUGGCAUGUACAAUGAUUAAUAUCUAUAAAUAUGAGAUUAUUAAUUCGGCUCAUAAUUUUCAUUCAUAUAUGCAUUACAUAUACAUAACAGUUGAAUAUAUUUUGCCAUUAUAGCUAGAAAAAACAUUAUAUUUCAAUUAUAUAAUAUUUUUGUUUUACUGCAAUUUUCUGCAUAUAUUUUUAUCAUACUGCCUUAAUAUGAGAUUUGUUAUUAUAUAUUAAUUAGUAUCAUGUUUAUAAUUUUAGACAAAUGGUGCAUAGGAAAGACAAUAUGGAAAUAACAACAAAUUUACAAUUAUAGCAAUAACAAUUUAUUAUGAAUUCUAAAAAUGAAGUACUUUCAAAGUAAAGAUUUUAUUUUAAUUUAUAAAAUAAUAUUAGUGACACUUUUAUAAUUGUAUAUUAAAGCAAUUUUUAAAAUUAGAGAUUUUAAUUACAUUACUUUUUCAUUAAAAAUUCUUAAUAAAAAAAUAAAUGUGCCAAGAAUUUUUAACUAUGAAACCAGUGAUACAAUAUCUUUUCUUCCAAUAUAUAAAAGUAAGUUUUUUUGAAUAUGAAAAAACAUAUUUAUAUUUUGUACUGUAACUUAAAUUUGUUUUUAAUUAUAUUUCCAUAUGAUUUCCUCUUCAUUAAAAUUUGAUUUUAUUUUUUAAAUUUUGUAAAAUGCUCUUUAUAUUAUAAAUUGUAAAAUAGUAGUAUUUAGCUCGCCAAAGAAGUCAUUAUGUAAUUUGAUGUUUGCAUUUACUUAUUAUAAUUAUUAUGUGUUAUUAUCUUUUUACUUAUAUUUUUGAAAAAAUUUGUUUAUAUAAAUUGAUAAUUAUAAUUAUAAAUGGAAGAAUAAAAUGGACAUUAAAUGUCCAUUUGUAAAAUUAUUAUAUUAUAAAAUAUAUAAGCAAUGAUUUAUGCAAUUACUUUAUCUAAUAAGGUUGCUGCAGUUGUUAUUAAUGCUGGUAGAAUUUUACGAACUUUUUUAUCUUUUUUAAUGUUCGUAAAAUUUGUAUACUAUUCAGAUAUAAUAAAGCAAUAACUAUUUUUAUAUAUGUAUGUAAAAAAAUUAUUUAUAUUCUUAUAAAAUAUAAGUACUUGUAAUUGAAAA